GCACACACACACACACACACAUACUUUUUAAAAUUUAUUUUUGAGAACUAUUUCUCUCAAGCAAUUUCCCCAUUAUGUUAAGGGUGUCCCACCCACCCUUAUGCUUCAGCUCAGAUUCUUUCCUUGUUUUUACCCCCCUGGUGCCCCAACCCAGACAUUUUCCUUGUCCCUACUACCUGAAACCCAGCUGUAUGAGGCUUUCCCAGUUUCUCUUCUCCAAACCCUGCCUAGGCCUUCCCACUGGUUUCAAGCUUCAGGCCAUUCAGCAACCAUCCUCCCAAUUCUAGCUGCUUCCUAUACUUCACCGAGGGAUGUUGAGAGAAGGGGGCCAUGUUUAGGGUAGGAGGGGUUUCAAAGCCAAGGAGUAGCAGCCAGGAUGGAGUAUGCUGGGGAGUGGAGGCAGAUACUAGGGUGAGGCAAAAGAGGCCUCACUCUCAGGGUUGUGGGUGUACCUGCACGUCCUGCACUUCACUUGUGCCCUAUAUGCCUCUCUUGCCCAGCUUAGUGCCACUGCUGGUUAUGGGGAUAGACUUGCAGAAGGGAUGAGGGUGGUGAAAAUUUGCUGUUCUCCACACCUGUGGGGAAAGACUGAGAGAAUGGAAUGCUACAUUCCAUUUAAUAGACCAGUUUGGCUGUGAACUUACCCACCAUCUAAGGCUGAUAUGGCCUGAAGAUCCUGAAGAGCAAGGGUUUUACCAGGCUUCCUUGUUUGGGAACAUUAACACUGGACAUCAUUAGAAGACAGUCUACAGAACACUYAAAGGGAGGUUGGAUUCCUUCACUUAAUAGAGAAGGAGGGCUUCCUGCCCAGUUUCUGGUGGAACCUGGGUGGGGGCAGGAGGUUUAAAGGCCUGAAAGGCACUAGAGUUUGAGCCAUCUUGAGCCAUCUAGCCAGCUGCUAGCACCCUAGUGCCCCUGUCCAGCUGGAUUAUGUAGAUCUCUGUGACAGGUGUUCCCAGGUGCAGACUUGAGACAAAGGAACCAGGAAAUCAGGCCUGCCUGAGCUCAGGUAAUCUGAGGCCCUGCUCCCCCUCUUUCUGCCGGCCUGCCUUGGGGGAGGGGGCGCACAUCCACAGAAUUGACUUCAUGGUGAACUGAACAGGAUCAAAGUCCACAGGGAGCGGGGGAGGGGGCAAUCCAGGAAGUCUUCCUGGUGGCAGUGCAUUCUUGGCAGGGUUCAGCAGGUGCAGGAUCCUCUGGAGCACCGUGGAGUGCAAAGGCCGCCCCCCACCCCACCUGUGGGAGAUGUAGGCCCCGAGGGAGGCUCGGCCAGCGUCAGAAGCCGGCAGCACUGCCUUCCAGUCCUGGCCUCUCAGCUUGGGGGCCUCUGUAGUACUGACGUCGGGGAGGGGGUCCCUUUCGGGCCAGGACCGCUACAGAGGAAUUGGGAAGACCUCCCUUGCCACCUGCUGCAGCUUCGGCCUGCAUUCGGUCAGUCUGGUCUGCGUGCCCAUGGCGCCGCCCACCCGCGACGCCCGYGCAUCCUGCAGGGGCAGCUCCGCCCACCCAGCCUGGUGACCGGGUUCCUUCCCGUGCACGCAGCCUCGGGGCACCUGCCUAGCGGCAGCUCCGCGAGUGCCCUCCUGGCUUAGUCAUGGCGAAGCUCGAGACACUGCCCGUGCGUGCUGACCCAGGGCGGGAUCCCCUCCUGGCCUUUGCCCCACGGCCCUCUGAGCUUGGACCCCCAGACCCCCGCCUGGCCAUGGGCAGUGUGGGCAGUGGGGUGGCCCAUGCCCAAGAGUUCGCCAUGAAGAGCGUGGGCACCCGCACAGGGGGUGGGGGCAACCAGGGCAGUUUCCCAGGCCCCCGAGGCAGUGGCAGUGGGACCAGCAGGGAGAGGCCAGGCCGAUACCCCUCAGAGGACAAGGCUCUUGCCAACUCCCUCUACCUCAACGGCGAGCUGCGGGGCAGUGACCACACAGAUGUCUGCGGCAAUGUGGUGGGUAGCAGCGGUGGCAGCAGCAGCAGCGGUGGCAGUGACAAGGCUCCACCACAGUAUCGUGAGCCCAGCCACCCACCCAAGCUCCUGGCCACCUCUGGCAAGCUAGACCAGUGCUCAGAACCACUAGUUCGGCCAUCAGCCUUCAAGCCUGUUGUACCCAAGAAUUUCCAUUCCAUGCAGAACUUGUGUCCCCCGCAGACCAAUGGGACCCCUGAGGGACGACAGGGCCCUGGUGGCCUCAAGGGUGGACUGGAAAAGUCUCGGACCAUGACCCCAGCAGGCGGAAGUGGGGGUGGCCUCUCAGACUCAGGCCGGAACUCACUCACAAGCUUGCCCACCUACAGCUCCAGCUACAGCCAGCACCUGGCGCCCCUCAGUGCUUCCACCAGUCACAUCAACCGCAUCGGCACUGCCAGCUAUGGCAGUGGCAGCAGUGGUGGGGGCUCAGGCUACCAGGACCUGGGGACUUCUGACAGUGGGCGGGCCUCCAGCAAGAGUGGGUCAUCAUCAUCCAUGGGGCGGCCAAGCCACCUGGGAUCUGGGGAGGGUGGAGGUGGAGGCCUGCCAUUUGCAGCCUGCUCACCACCCUCGCCCAGUGCACUGAUCCAGGAGCUGGAGGAGCGGCUAUGGGAGAAGGAGCAGGAGGUGGCAGCUCUGCGGCGCAGUCUGGAGCAGAGCGAGGCAGCUGUGGCCCAGGUGCUGGAGGAACGGCAGAAGGCAUGGGAGCGAGAGCUAGCCGAGCUUCGGCAGGGCUGCAGCGGGAAGCUGCAGCAGGUGGCCCGCCGUGCCCAGCGAGCCCAGCAGGGACUACAGCUGCAAGUGCUGCGGCUGCAGCAGGACAAGAAGCAACUUCAGGAAGAGGCGGCCCGGCUGAUGCGGCAGCGGGAAGAGCUAGAGGACAAGGUGGCCGCCUGCCAGAAGGAGCAGGCCGACUUCCUGCCCCGGAUGGAGGAAACUAAGUGGGAGGUGUGCCAGAAGGCUGGGGAGAUUUCCCUUCUGAAGCAGCAGCUGAAGGACUCGCAGGCUGAUGUAUCCCAGAAGCUGAGUGAGAUUGUGGGUCUGCGCUCACAGCUUCGGGAGGGCCGGGCCUCACUGCGGGAGAAGGAGGAGCAGCUGCUCAGCCUGAGGGACUCCUUUGGCAGCAAACAGGCCAGCCUGGAGUUGGGUGAAGGUGAGCUGCCUGCCACGUGCCUCAAGCCUGCACUGACCCCCGUGGACCCUGCUGAACCACAGGAGGCACUGGCCACCUGCGAAAGUGAUGAGGCCAAGAUGCGUCGUCAGGCUGGGGUGGCAGCUGCUGCCUCCUUAGUUUCCAUGGAUGGGGAGGUGGAUGCUGGAGGGGAGAAUGGGACACGGGCCCUAAGGCGGGAGGUAGGGCGGCUGCAGGCUGAGCUGGCAGCAGAGCGGAGAGCCCGGGAGCGCCAGGGCGCCAGCUUUGCAGAGGAGCGCCGCGUUUGGCUGGAGGAGAAAGAGAAGGUCAUUGAGUAUCAGAAGCAGCUGCAGUUGAGUUAUGUGGAGAUGUACCAGCGCAACCAGCAGCUGGAACGGAGGCUGCGGGAGCGUGGGGCAGCAGGGGGUGCAAGCACUCCUACCCCGCAACAUGGUGAGGAGAAGAAGGCCUGGACCCCUUCCCGCCUUGAACGCAUUGAGUCCACAGAAAUCUGAUCCUCCACCUGGGCACGUGGCCUUCUGACAAGUGCCCUGUCUCAAGGCCAGAGUCCCCAGCCUCCCCUCCCUUCCAUUUCCCUUCCCAAUGUGCCCCAUGUCCCCAGACCAAAGAGGUUCUUAGAGCAGCUGUGACAAGGCUCCUCCCUGCCCCCUCGCGCCCUCCCAGUUCCAGUACUGCCCCUGUGGGUAGCCACUCGGACCCUCCUCUUAAGGAGAGAAUGGGGAAAGGGCAGAGUGCAUAGGGAUGAGAGCCCAGGCAGCAGGGAGCAUGCCCCCUUUCUGGGCAGCCUCUUGUUGGAGAUGGAGGCAGCAGGCCUGCAGUGCCAUAAGAUGCCCCAGACCCUCAGGGAGUCUGGGCUGCUGUUGUUGGCCACUUGUGUCUAGUGAUGCUUUCUGUGCUCACUUCCUAGGCCGUGGAGCCUGAGGGGGCCUGCACGGGUCUGCCAAGGCCGACAGACCCUGGGCUCCUGGCCUCUCUCCUUCCUGUGGUGUUAUCCCUCCCUGGGCAGAUUGGCAGGACAAGUAGGAGCAGAUGGCCUGCCUGUGUGGUUGAGAGGGCUACCUGCCCAGCCCCUCCCCCGUAAGGUCUCUUGGGUUUAGGCCUCAGAACCUGGCCUGGCCCUGAGUGUGUAUUCCCUCUGUGUUGGGCUGGAAGCUCAGUGUCCAAGGGAGAUCUUUCCUCGUGUUCUUGCGAAAGGUCAUCUGGAGGUUUCUACCUUCACCCUUCUGGCCAGGAUCCUGCAGGGCAAGAGCCCCAGAUGCUUGGCUUAUCCCACACCCAGGGCCACUGUCGGCUCUAACUACAGCUAUUAAGUGCUACCUGCCUCUCAGGCACUCCCCUUGCCCAGCUUCUGAGGUCAGAUGAGUGUCUGUGGUGUCUUCCUGUGUCUUCCCUCACUCACUUCCCCCAGUUUCCUGCUUUCAUGCUCAGAACAUCAUCUUCCCAGGCUGCCUCUUCCCCAGAGUCUCACUUUUCUUCUAGUAGAAAAUUCUGCUUGAUCUUUGGUGCACUGCCCACUUCCCAGCUCCACUGGCCCAAGUCUGAGCCCGAGGCCCUUGUUUUGGGGUGCCAGGAGGGUUGGAUGCAAUUGCGCUUGAAGAACAAGGCUGACCUAAGAGAACACUAACCUCUUGGUUCCUUGUCAAGCUCUGAGUUGGCUCAGCAUUUGCCCAGGGAGGCCUGGCAUGGCCAUCAGUAGGAGUUGGGACAGCCAAUGUCAUUUCCUUCUCUGGUGGCUCUCUUAGAAUCUAAUUCCCCAAGAUAGGAAGGGAACUUGUAAUUUCCCUUCUAAGAAAGCAAAUUUCUAAUUCACCAGCAAUAAAAAUCAGAGGAGGCUUGGCCCUCAGCCCUUGUAUUUCUCUCUUUCACUCUUCUACCCCCAAGAGUUUGGGGGUAGGGUGGAGAGAGCUGGCAACUACUGUGAGCAAGUCCCCCAGUCCCUGACCAGCCUCCUCCCAUGACUGGUGACUGUUUAAUGAGCUGUG